GGUCCGGCCGCCCGGGCCUCGGCUCCUGCGGGGGACACCAUGUGCUGGCUGGAGGCGCAGGGAGACCGGCGCCCGGCAGGGAUGUUGGGUUAACAGCAUGGAGAACAGUCACCCCCGCCCCCACCACCACCAGCAGCCCCCCUACGCAGCCCGGCCCUUCGGGCGAGAGGAGGAACCACCAUUGGAGAAGUUACAAGUUGAUGAUUGACGCGACUCUCAAAAAGGGGCAUCAUAAACUGUACCGCUACGACGGGCAGCAUUUCAGCCUGGCGAUGUCCAGCAACCGCCCAGUGGAAAUUGUUGAAGGUCCCCGGGUCGUUGGGAUCUGGACCAAAAACAAGGAGCUGGAGCUGUCGGUGCCCAAAUUCAAAAUCAAUGAGUUCUAUGUGGGGCCGGUGCCUCCGAAGCAGGUGACAUUUGCCAAGCUGAAUGAUAACAUCCGAGAAAACUUCCUAAGGGAUAUGUGCAAGAAGUAUGGGGAGGUGGAGGAGGUGGAGAUUUUGUACAACCCCAAGACCAAGAAGCACCUCGGCAUUGCCAAGGAGGCCGUUCAGCACUUGCACAGCACUUCUGUCAUGGGCAACAUUAUCCACGUGGAGCUGGACACCACAGGCGAAACCCGAAUGCGGCUCUAUGAACUGUUGGUCACUGGCCGUUACACCCCUCGGACCCUCCCAGUGGGCGAGCUGGAUGCUGUCUCUCCAAUCGUGAAUGAGACCCUGCAGCUGUCAGAUGCCCUGAAGCGCCUGAAGGAUGGAGGCCUGUCUGCAGGCUGUGGCUCUGGCUCCUCCUCUGUCACCCCCAAUAGCGGUGGGACACCCUUUUCCCAGGACACGGCUUACUCCAGCUGCCGCCUGGACACACCCAACUUCCACGGACAGAGCACCCCGCUCACGCCGCGCCUGGGCUCCCCCUUCUCACAGGACUCCAGCUACUCCAGACGCCAGCCCACACCCUCAUGCCUCCUCAGCCAGGACCCUACACUGAGCUUCAAGGCCCGGCGCCACGAGAGCAAGUUCACGGAUGCCUACAACCGCCGCCACGAACAUCAUUAUGUCCACACUUCUCCCGCGGUCACUGCAGUGGCCGGGGCCACAGCUGCCUUCCGGGGUUCCUCAGACCUCCUAUUUGGAGCAGUCAGCGGCACUGGGGGCAGCAGCGGCCCCCGCUUCAAGGCCCAACCACAGGAUUCGGCCACAUUUGCCCACACUCCACCGCCUGAUCAAGCAACUCCAGCUCCUGGAUUCAAGUCUCCUUUCUCUCGGUAUCAGACCCCAGUGGCCCACUUCCCUCCACCCCCAGAAGAGCCGACCACCACAACCGCCUUCGGGGCCCGUGACGGAGGGGAGUUCGGGAGGGCACCGGCACCCCCACCCCUGCCACCUGCUGAGCCACUGGCCAAGGAGAAGCCAGGCACGCCCCCCCGGCCCACCUCCUCCCGACACCAACAGCAUGGAGCUAGGCAGCUGGCCCACCUUCGGCUGGAGUCCCGAGCCCUUCGACAGUCCCAGCGCGCCCACGCUGGAGUCGUCCCCUUUGGGACCGGAGAAGCCGCAUGACAGCCUGGACUCACCCAUCGAGAUGCUGCUGAAGGAGCAGCGCGCAAAGCUGCUCUUCCUGCCGGUGCCCGACUCGGACACUGAGCUGCAGACGGAGGGCAGC